CCAUCCAAAACUGCCUAAACAGAUCUCAUUUGCAAUACCCAGAUCCAAAAUUUUCUCAAAAACAUAUCUUGUGUCUUUUUGGUUCCGAAGUCUUGUAGUCAGACUUUAUAGGCUUUGAUGAAAAUAUUUUUUUGCUGUGUUCUUCCAUGAAGCUUCUGAGAGUAAACAUUCCUUGAGUUUCUGGAUUUGGGAGUUGAGUGAUAAUACUACUAGUUAGUUGGGAUUUGUUAAGUUUAUCGAAAUGGAAAGUUCGAGGACAACAAGAGUUGACAAGAGAGCUUAUGAAAAUGAUGUUAUUGAUGAUGGUGGAGAUGAUCAUUUACCCGAAUCAAAGAAGCGCAAAUUGCCUUCUCUUGCAAGUGUAAUUGUGGAUGCUUUAAAGGUGGAUAGCUUGCAAAGACUCUGCUCUUCUUUGGAGCCUCUACUCCGCAGAAUUGUCAGUGAAGAAGUGGAGCGUGCUUUGACGAAGUUGGGCAAUGCUAAACUGCCUGGGAGAACUCCACCACCGAGAAUUCUUGGUCCCGAAGGAAAGGUGUUGCAGCUCCAUUUCAAAACCAGGAUGCCACCUCACAUAUUUACCGGUGCAAAGGUUGAGGGAGAGCAAGGAGCAGCGAUUCAUGUCGUCUUGCUAGAUGCAAACACGGGUUGUGUUGUGCAGACAGGACCAGAAUCAGCUGCAAAGCUCAAUAUUGUGGUGCUUGAAGGCGAUUUCAACGAGGAGACUGAGGAGGAUUGGACAAUGGAGCACUUUGAAAACCAUGAAGUGAAGGAACGGGAGGGGAAAAGGCCGCUUCUCACAGGGGAUCUACUGGUGACCCUCAAGGAAGGAGUAGGUACCAUUGGAGACCUUACUUUCACUGACAACUCCAGUUGGAUCCGGAGCAGGAAAUUCAGGCUUGGUCUUAAGGUUGCCCCUGGAUACUGCGAGGGGAUUCGAAUUCGCGAGGCCAAAACUGAGGCUUUUGCUGUGAAAGAUCAUAGAGGAGAAUUGUACAAGAAACAUUACCCGCCUGCUUUGCAUGAUGAAGUUUGGAGACUAGACAGAAUAGCAAAGGAUGGAGCACUGCACAAAAAACUUAUUAAGUCCAACAUCACAACUGUUGAAGACUUCCUUAGACUUCUUGUGAAGGAUCCGCAGAGAUUAAGAAGUAUCCUUGGAAGUGGAAUGUCCAACAGAAUGUGGGAGAGCACUGUGGAGCAUGCCAAGACAUGUGUCUUGGAUGGGAAGCUCUAUGUUUACUAUACUGAUAAAACUCAUUGCACUGGAGUUGUUUUCAAUCAUAUUUAUGAGCUCAGGGGUCUAAUUUCUGAUGGGCAGUUUCUCUCUCUAGAUUCUCUCAACCACAGACAAAAGGUUUCAGUGGAUGCUCUCGUGAAGAGGGCAUAUGAAAAUUGGCAUGAAAUUGUAGAAUAUGAUGGCAAAGUUCUAAAUUCUCAAACCGGAACCAGAAAAGGGAAGGCAGCCUCAGCUGCACCAGUAGUCACUAGCCACAACUACACCACAGGCCACCUUUGUGAAACCACUCAGACCAGGCAGCAACAGUUAAUCUCUGAAUGCAGCCGCCAAUUCCAAACUGAAAAUAACCAACCACCAGCCGUUACACAGUUGAUAGAGUUCCCAUUCGCAAGGUCUGAUCAGGCAGCGCUGAUGACAUUAAAUAACCAACAAACGGCAUUGUCUCGCAGCAUGGAUUACAUGACAGCUGGAGCAGCGUCACCUGGGUGUUACUUUCCAGCAGAUUGGUUGCGGCCAAGGAGCGGGCAGGGUUUGGAGGACAUAGUGACUGAGGAAAUCCGGCUGAGGAGCUCAGAGAUGUUGGAGAGUGAUGACAUGCAGAGACUAUUGAAGACAUUUGGUAUGGGGGUUGGUGUUGGAAUGGGGUCUGGACUUGGUCAUUCUGACGAGGAUUGUUAUGGUUACAGCGUGCAAUAUGAACCUCAGAUGGAUCAGCCCUUUGGCCAGGAGAGAGGCAAGAGUUCAGGGAGGGCUGUUGUUGGGUGGCUUAAGCUCAAAGCCGCUUUGAGGUGGGGAAUAUUUGUUAGGAGGAGAGCUGCAGAGAGAAGAGCACAGCUGACUGAGCUUGAUUGAGUUAAAGAGGCUUGGAAAGAUCACAGCGUCUCACUAUAAUAACAUGUGUCUGUUGACUCUAUUCUUGUUGAUGCUCUUUGUGGUUGUAGAGAGGACACGAGCAAAAAAGAGGUUGGAAACUUGAAAAUAGUUCGUUUUCUGAUUCAAGAAGAAGGGGUUGAAACAUGAUCUUAAAUCAACAUUCACAAAGUUGUUAUUUAAAAAAAAAAAAAAAGAAUGAUCUUGUAAAUCAGAUCGUUGGUUCUUUAUUUACCUUCCUUGAUUAGUAACACGUUCCCCCCGCCCUGUAAUGGAUUUUCAUUGGAUGUAUCCUUUUUUCCCCGUCA